AAGGGAAGUUUUUUUAGGACAUAAUCUACUACCCCUGUGUAUUAGGUGAGCUCACCAACCAGGCCACCUGGACCACACCUGUUGAAGAAGAGAAAGAGAGAUCUGAGGAAUCCUUUCGAAGGCAGCCGGGAGAGGAGAGAUCGGACUAGCUACGGAGGUAGGAUGGCAAAGCUGAAGGCAUUGUUACAGAAAAGGGAAAAUCGCAUUUGCGCUGACUGCGGCGCACCUGAUCCCAAAUGGGCAUCAGCUAACAUUGGUGUAUUCAUAUGCGUAAAAUGUUCUGGCGUUCACAGAAGCCUUGGCACACAUAUCUCAAAGGUCAUGUCAGUGACACUAGAUAAGUGGACUGACGAUGAUAUUAACUUCAUGAUAGAAGUUGGUGGAAACUCGCAAGCCAAUGCAAUCUACGAGGCCUUUCUCCCAAAGGGCUACAGCAAGCCACAUCCAGAUUCUGCCCAGGAAGAGCGACAGAAUUUCAUCAAGUCAAAAUAUGAGCUCCAGGAAUUUCUGCAGCCCAGCCUACGGAUCGUCUCUAAUUAUCCUAGUGAUGUCGGAAAACAAGCAGCCAGCACCCCACAUUCUGGUAGCUCCAAAAGUGAGAUUGGAAUGGUUGAGUUCAUCGGAAUACUAAAUGUCAAAGUUAUUGGAGGUACCAAAUUAGCUGUCAGGGAUAUGUAUAGCAGCGAUCCUUAUGUAGUCUUGACCCUUGGACAGCAGAAAGCGCAGACUUCAGUGAUCAAAAGAAACCUGAAUCCUGUCUGGAAUGAAGAACUCAAGCUCUCUGUUCCUCGGCAAUACGGACCUCUGAAACUGCAAGUGCUGGACCAUGACAUGGUAUCCAAGGACGACGUGAUGGGGGAGGCCGAGAUCGACCUGCAGCCCAUGAUUAACGCGGCAGCAGCAUACGGUGAUCCAGAACACCUCGGCGACAUGCAGAUCGGCCGGUGGCUCAAGUCAGCUGACAACGCUCUCACCACCGACAGCGCUGUCAUGAUAACAGGGGGAAAGGUGAAGCAGGAGGUCUCCUUGAAACUGCAGCGCACUGAGUCAGGGGAGGUGACGCUGUCCAUGCAAUGGAUAGCUCUAAACAUGUAAGAUCCGGAUAAAUACGGCAAACUUGUGAAGGCCGUUUCAUUGGUAAAUAUGCUUAUAGAGACUGUAUUGUGCUGCAAAGGGGGAAGUUUUUUUCCGGUUGAUUAUCUUUUUGUGAAAAAAUAUAUAAGAUGGAAACAAUAAUAAGCAUAAUAUGGUUGUAAAUUUUCAACAGCAAUUGGAGUAAGGCCGUCAGAUCAUGAACUCUGCA